AUGAGCUUUGCCCUGGGGUUCUUUAGUCCUGGUAAUUCUGGUAACUGUUACUUGGGAAUAUGGUACAACAAUAUCCCAGUUAGAAUAGCUGUUUGGGUAGCAAACCGGCUCAAUCCAAUAAACAACUCGUCUAGCAUGUUGAUGGUAAACAGUUUAGGAAUGAAGCUUGGAUGGGACUUAAAGACUGGUCUGGAACGGCGCAUGUCUCCUGGAGAACUGAGUUGGGGGGUUGAACUUCAUAAUUACACUGAAACAGUCAUAAAGAAAGGCACCAAGAAGUUCUUACAGACCGGACCAUGGAAUGGCCUUGGUUUCAGGGGUGUACCAGACUUAAAGGACAAUCCGGUUUACACCUACGAUUUUGUCAUCAACAGCAAUGAGGUAUACUUCAUAUUCCACCUAAUUAAAAAUUCUGUAAUCUCAAGGGGAGUUUUGAACGAAAAUGCAUCCUCAUAUGAGCGUGACAUAUGGGUCGAAUUAGAUAAAAAAUGGAUCACAUACAUUUCUACACCAAAAGACAAAUGUGACACCUAUAAUUUAUGUGGUCCUUAUGGAAAUUGUAUCAUUGGUGAGUCACCUAUCUGUCAAUGUGUAGAAGGAUUCAAGCAUAACUGCAUAAGUCACCAGAUACAUGGAACCCAGAUGAGUGGUUUAAGGGAUGUGUACGUAUUACCCAACUGA